AUGAACAGCCUCCAGAUAGACAUCGCCACCAUUCAUUUGGAGACGACCACUCAAUCCGUCAUCCACCUCAUUCCAGAAGAGAUGAACGUGGUUAUAGUCCAGAGCCAAGCAGGAGUCGGACAGAGCGUCGUCAUUCUCCAAGGCGCCAUGUCAAUUCCAGAGAGCGCUAUUUUUCAGAUUGGCUUCAACCCCUUCACAAGAGCAGACAUGUUUCACGUCAUCUGGAUUAUCCUACCGAAAGGGAUUAUUCUCCUGAGAGACACCAUGGCAGCCUUGAACCAGCAAUAUGGGCAACCCCAUCAACUGGCUCUUCAGCGCAUUGCCGAGCUCAUGGAUGGCUCUAACAUCACAAGUGGUGACAUCCAGUCAUUCAGGAUGUUUGCACUGCGCGUCAGAUCUUUGAUAACUGUGCCAAUUUCAAAAUGCUCAACAGCACCCAGAAACAUACGUGGGUCCAAACCAAUCACUGCAGGGAGUUCUACACAGUGUGGUCGAGCCAACAGCAACUACAGAACUGAAACCUGUCUGGAUGUGAUGAUCCCAGACAAUCAUCUUGCUGGAUGUGAUAUUUACAUUCAUGCUGAUUCACCUCACAGGACUGAGCUCCGUCCUGGAGGUGCAGGACUCGCUGACACAGACUUCCUGCUGUACCUUCACAUAAAGUCCACUGACAAGUGCAGAGCAAAGCCUAAUAUUUUGGCCUACGCUGCUCACUGCCAGACAGAUGCACUUGGACGACCUGUGGCCGGGGUGGUGGUCAUCUGCAGGGAAAGACUAAAAGGAGAAACGUUUAGUCACCAGGCAGCUGUACAGACUGUGAUCCAUGAGCUGUUUCAUGUGCUGGGUUUCUCUAAAGAGCUCUUCCACACCUGGCGAGACUGUUCCUCCAUGUCUCAAGCUGAGAGUGCCAACUGUUCUCCUCAAGGGAAAGUGACCUACUCUGACGGAUCCGGCCACAUGAGGAUUUACACCCCAUCUGUCAUCUCAGCCCUGCAGAAGCACCUGAACUCCACUGAUCCUGAGCUUGGGGGAUGGCUAGAAAACCUUGGUGUACUUCCUGGCAAAGUGUCCUCACACUGGGAGUCCAGGAUCUUUCAGGGCUCCAUCAUGGCAGCAGAGCUAGCGGACUCAUCUUCAGUCCGGAUCAACCCGGUAACCUUGACUGCAUUACAGGACACGGGCUGGUACAAUGUAGACGUGAGCAGGGCACAGAGUCUGGUGUGGGGAGACGGAGAAGGGGCCAUGUUUGGAUCCCUGUCAACCUGUCAGAACAAAUCCUCAUCGUUUUUCUGCUCUGGCAGUGGGUUUGGGUGUCAUUACCUUCACCUCCACAAAGGGGAGUGCAAGACUGAUCAAUACCUGGAGGGAUGCAGAGUGUAUAAACCCCUCAAAAAUGGAAACCGGAGUCAGUUUCCUUCGUUCAUCAGCACAGUGGAGGGGCGCUGUUACAGACACAGGUGUACUGGACCAAACAGGUACCAAAUCCACGUGUCAGGCUCUGAGUGGGUGGAGUGUCCAGCAGGGGGAAGCAUUCAGAUUGAAGGAUACCAGGGUUCAGUUUCCUGUCCUGACAGGAGGUUGUGUCUGUACUCUGACAUCACUCCUCCUUCAGAUGCCGUCGAUACAUUUCCUGCUUCCAUCAUCAGAGAUCCAUAUGGGACUUUAACUUCAGCCCAGACCUGGACCUGUUUGUCCUUCGGUGUCAAAACAUCUCUCAGCAUCACUGCUGCCGUGUGUCUCCUGGCUGCAGUCUUGGUGUCUUACAGAAAAUGUUGCUCCUGCAGGAUCAGGAUCCACACCAGCACAGAUGAACACAGUAAUCUGUAGGAAACACAGCCUCUAAAACCGGCUUUAUAAACUUUAAUUGUUCAA